AUGUACAUAAAUUCGCCUGGCGGUCUGGUGACAGCAGGCCUUGCCAUAUACGACACCAUGCAGUACAUCCAGUGCCCAGUGAGCACCCUCUGCGUGGGCCAAGCAGCCUCUAUGGCCACACUGCUGCUUGCAGCAGGCGAGGCGGGGCAGAGGCGCUCGCUACCCAACGCACGGCUCAUGGUGCACCAGCCAUCAGGGGGCGCGCAGGGGCAGGCCACUGAUAUCGCCAUUCACGCGGAGGAGAUUAUCAAGACUAAGGCCCGGCUGAACGGGCUGUAUGCCAAGCACACGGGGAAGGAGGUUGAUGUGAUUGGUGAGUGA